AUGCCCGCAAUCACCUCCGGAAAAGUCCUCGUGACAGGCGCAAACGGCUUUAUCGCCGUGUGGGUCGUCAAAACCCUCCUUGAGCAAGGCUUCGCGGUCCGCGGAACGGUCCGCUCGGAGAGCAAGGCGGCCCAUCUGCGUGAGACGUUUGCAUCGUACGGUGACAAGCUUGAGAUCGUCAUCGUAGAAGACAUCACCAAGGAGGGUGCGUUCGACGAAGCCGUCAAAGGCGUCGACGCGAUCGAGCACACCGCCUCGCCCUUCCACUUCAAAGCCGUCGAGCCCGACGAGCUCAUCGUGCCCGCCGUGCACGGCACGACCGGCAUCCUGCAGUCCGCGCUCAAGUUCGGCACCGCCGUCCAGCGUGUCGUCGUCACCUCCUCGUGCGCGGCCGUGCUCACGCUCUCGACGGAGCCGCGCGUGUUCAGCGAGACGGACUGGAACGAGGGCAGCGUGCAGGAGGUGCGCGCGCAGGGCGCGAGCGCGACGGCCCCCGCGAAGUACCGCGCGAGCAAGACGCUCGCGGAGCGCGCGGCGUGGGCGUUUGUCGAGGAGCACAAGGGCGAGAUUGCGUGGGACCUUGUGGUGCUGAACCCGCCGUUUGUGUUUGGCCCGGUGAUACAUGAGGUGGACAGCGCGGAGGGCUUGAACGAGUCUGCGCGCGAGUGGUACUUGAAGGUCGUCAAGGGCGAGGUUGACAAUGACACGCUUGCGAAUGUUGGAUCCUCAUACGUCGACGUUCGCGACCUUGCGCUGGCGCACGCCCUCGCGCUCACGAAGCCCGAGGCGGGCGGCGAGCGCAUCAUCGUCAGCGCGUCCGUCUACAAGUGGCAGGACUGGGUGUCGGCCGCGCACCGUGUGGAGCCGACACUCCCGGCGGGAAACACGGCGUACGACCCGUCGAAGGCGACGCACCUGUUCCAGUACGCGCCCGAGAAGGAGCGGCGGCUCCUGGGCGUGCCCUUCCGGACGCUCGAGCAGACAACGAAGGACAUCCUGGACGACUUCAAGGCGCGGGGCUGGCUGUGA